AUGCCUGAGGUAACUCGGACCCAAGACGAGCCAAUGGAGGAGGAGGAGGUGGAGACAUUCACCUUCCAGGCGGAGAUCGCACAGUUGAUGUCGCUGAUCAUCAACACCUUCUACUUGAACAAGGAGAUCUUCCUCCAGGAGCUGAUCUCCAACUCUUCCGACGCUCUGGACAAAAUCCAAUACGAGAGCCUGACCAACCCCAGCAAACUCGACUCGGGGAAGGAGCUGCACAUUAACCUCAUCCCGAACAAGCAGGACCAGACCCUCACCAUCGUGGAUACUGGGAUUGGCAUGACCAAGGCCGACCGGCAGUACACCUGGGAGUCCUCUGCAGGGGGCUUGUUCACAGUCUGCACUGACACGCAAACUUGUGGGUCUGGAACGAAGGUUAUCCUACACCUGAAAAAAGACCAGACCGAGUACCUGGAGGAGAGGAGGAUAAAGGAGAUCAUGAAGAAGAACUCCCAGUUCAUCAGCUACCCCAUCACUCUGUUUGUGGAGAAGGAACGUGAUAAAGAGGUGAACAGUGAUGAGGCUGAAGGAAAGGAAGAGAAAGAGGAGGAAAAAGAAAAGGAAGAGGAGGGACGCCUGGAGGAGUCUGAUGACAAACCUGAGAUAGAAGAUGUUGGUUCUGAUGAGGAAGAGGAGGAGAAGAAGGACGGUGACAAGAAGAAGAAAAAGAAGAUCAAGGAGAAGUACAUUGAUCAGGAAGAGUUGAACAACACAAAGCCUAUUUGGACCUACAACCCCGAUAUUACCAAUGAGGAGUAUGGAGAAUUCUAGAGUUUGACCAAUUACUGGGAGGAUCACUUGGCAGUGAAGCAUUUUUCAGUGGAAGGACAGUUGGAGUUCUGAGCUCUUCUCUUUGUGCCAAGACAUACUCCCUUUGACCUAUUCGAGAACAGAAAGAAAAAGAACAACAUUAAGUUGUAUGUUUGCAGCGUUUUCAUCAUGAAUAACUGUGAGGAGCUCAUCCCAGAGUAUCUGAAUUUCAUCAGAGGUGUGGUGGACUCUGAGGAUCCUCUAAAUAUUUCCCAUGAGAUGCUGCAGCAAAGCAAAAUUUUAAAGGUUUUCAGAAAGGACUUGAUCAAGAAGUGCUUAGAACUCUUCACGGAACUGGCCAAAGACAAAGAGAACUACAGAAAGAUUUACGAGCAGUUCUCCAAAAACAUCAAGCUUGGCAUCCACAAGGACUCUCAGAAUUGGAAGAAAUUCUGGGAGCUGUUGCACUAUUACAUGUCUGCCUCUGGUGAUGAGAUGGUGUCUCUCAAGGACUACUGCACCAGAAUGAAGGAGAACCAGAAACUCAUCUAUUACAUCACAGGUGAGAACUCAGCCUUCGUGGAGCAUCUUUGGAAACACUGCCUGGAAGUGAUUUAUAUGAUCCAGCCCACUGACGAGUACUGCGUCCAGCUGAAGGAGUUUGAGGGAAAGAUGCUGGUGUCUGUGACCAAAGAGGGCUUGGAACUUCCAGAAGAUGAAGAAGAGAAAAAGAAACAGCAAGAGAAAAAGACAAAGUUUGAAAACCUGUGCAAGAUCAUGAAGGACAUCUUAGAGAAAAAAGUUGAAAAGGUGGUCGUAUCAAACCAACUGGUAAUCUGUCCGUGCUGCAUCAUGACAAGCACAUACGGCUGGAGGGCAAACAUGGAGAGGAUCAUGAAGGCCCAGGCCUUGAGAGAUAACUCCACCAUGGGCUACAUAGCUGCGAAGAAGCACCUGGAGAUCAACCCCACCCACUCCAUCAUGGAGACCUUACUGCAGAAGGCCAAGGCCGACAAGAAGGACAAGUCUGUGAAAGACCUGGUCAUCCUGCUCUACGAGACGUUGCUCCUGUCCUCUGGCUUCAGUCUGGAAGAUCCGCAGACGCAUGCCAACAGGAUCUACAGGAUGAUCAAGCUUGGUCUCGGUAUUGAUGAAGACUACCCCAUCGCUGACGACAGCAGUGCAGCCAUGAGUGAGGAGAUGCCACCCCUGGAAGGUGACGACGACACGUCGCACAUGGAGGAGGUUGACUAGGUGCUGUGAGAA